AUGCAAUGCAUCCUUACCGAGCCUCUCGCCUUCAACCGUUCGCUUCUUAAACCCGACGAUCGACCGUUCGGCACCCGCCAACACGAGCGGUUCCUGCUUACGAGUCAGCUCCGCGUCGGACACAUUGUCCGAAUCACCAACUCUGACGUUGGCCCCAUUUCUGCUCAAGAUUUCUGCUCCCAAGUCCCAGAGGAAUUCCACGACGACGCAACACGCAUCCUCACAGAGCUCAUCAAAGCUAUCAAGCGUCCCUGGUGGACCGCCCUCCGAACCCCUCACGUCUCCUGUGCCUCCUCCGGAGACUGGUUCAUGCUCUCGGACGACCACUAUUCCAUCUCUCAUCUAGCCCUCCGUGUCAUCGCCUACAUCCCCCCUUCCUCCGUCUCGGCUAAUGUCCACCUCGUCUCGCCAGACCAUCACAUUACCCGCACCCCAGCAAAUACUGGACUCUUCCGUCUACAGGACCUCAUAGAGGUGCACGUCAGGGACUGGUGGCUCGCAGGGCCACUUCAUACAGGUGCAGGGUUAGGAGCUAGGAUAGAUCUUCUACAGGACGGCGUCCCCAGCCUCGCCGACAUCCGCCGCCUCCUCUACUCAGCACAACCGCUCACCCACCACAGCCGAUGGACCCGCGACCUCACCCUUCCUCCUCCUCCUCUCCCUGGCCUUAAGGACCCCUUUCUCAAAGACCAGCCGAGCCGCCAACGGGACAUCCUCUUCAGACUCUACACACUCACCCUUCCCUCUAGAUCACGCUUCCAAUACUUUGAUGAUCGAGGGGUUUGCCCCCGAUGCCCAGCUGCCGUCGUCGAGACGCUACCACAUAUCUUCUUUGAAUGCUCCUCCGCUGGAAAUGUCAUCUCGGCCCUCCGCAGAGUCGCUGACCUCCGCCCCAGUCAAACCACCCCCGCCGAACACAUUUUCUUCCCGAUACAAUCACGGGUUGGACAGUCCCCCCCUUGGAAUCUACUAGUUGGAGCUGCAGUCAAGACGCUGUGGAACAGCCGUUGCGACCACAGAUACCGCAACUCCUCCUCCUCGAGCUUCGAGAUCCUGCAGCUGAUUCUAGCCCACCAGGUUCACUGCGCAUUAGCCACUCGCCUCCCCACCAAACUCGCCUCCGCUCUGCAUCACGCCCUGGUCGUGCGACCUCCAGUGCCGCCUCGCACCUUCUUUGCCGCCAAAUCGCCACCUCGCCUUCCCAUCUCCACAUCGCAACCACAACACCGACUCGCCGCAGCGAUUCGUCGCCGCCUCAUCGCCACCCACAGAGGACCUUCUCACUCCCUCACAAUGCACUACCCCUCCCUUCCCUUUGCUCCCAUUCCCCUCCAAUCCCUUCUUUUCCCUUCGCUUCCCUUCUUGACGUCCUCGUCGCACAUCCCUUCCCCUCUCCUCCCUUCCCUUCUUUUGCCCUCCCUGCACUUCCCUUCCCCUCUCCUUUCUUCCCUUCUUUUACCCUCCCUGCAAUUCCCUUCCCCUCUCCUCCCUUCCCUUUCCUUCCCUUGUUUUGCCCUCCCUGCACUUCCCUUCCCCUCUCCUCCCUUCCCUUUCCUUCCCAUCUUUUACCCUCCCUGCACUUCCCUUCCCCUCUCCUCCCUUCCCUUUCCUUCCCUUGUUUUACCCUCCCUGCACUACCCUUCCCCUCUCCUCCCUUCCCUUUCCUUCCCUUCUUUUGCCCUCCCUGCACUUCCCUUCCCCUCUCCUUUCUUCCCUUUCCUUCCCAUCUUUUACCCUCCCUGCACUUCCCUUCCCCUCUCCUCCCUUCCCUUUCCUUCCCUUGUUUUGCCCUCCCUGCACUUCCCUUCCCCUCUCCUCCCUUCCCUUUCCUUCCCUUCUUUUGCCCUCCCUGCACUUCCCUUCCCCUCUCCUUUCUUCCCUUUCCUUCGCUUGUUUGCCAUCCCUGCACUUCCCUUCCUCUCUCCUCCCUUCCCUUCCCCAUUUAUUCCCUUUCCCUUCUCUUCCCUUCCCCAUUUAUUCCCUUUCCCUUCUCUUCCCUUCCCUUCCAUUCGCGUCUCUUCACCUCCCUGCCCUAUCGUUUUUCUCCCUACCUCCCCUUUUUUCUCCCUACCUCCCCUUUUUUCUCCCUGCCUCCCCUUUUUUCUCCAUGCCUCCCCUUUUUUCUCCCUGCCUCCCCUUUUUUCUCCAUGGCUCCCCUUGUUUCUCCAUGCCUCCCCUUUUUUCUCCAUGCCUCCCCUUUCUUCUCCCUGCCUCCCCUUUUUUCUCCAUGCCUCCCCUUUUUUCUCUCUGGAUCACCAUGUAAGCAUGCCAUGCCAUCUCCUGUAG